AUGUUUUGGGAGGAUUGGGUCGACAGGGCCCUGUCCUGCUUUAAUAAGGACAGGGAUAAAGAGCCGGCGGUCCCGAUCCCGGUCACCGAACUUGAUCCCCUCGAAUUUGCCGACGAUGAAAGACUCGACAAGUCUUUUCAACGAUUUUUGGCUGAGCUCGACUUACCGCCAGAGAAACAGGACGAAAUGCUCAGCCAAUCGCGCGAGAAGAAGAUUUCGAUGUUGCAUAAACAUGCGAUCCGCACGAAAUACAACAGCUCCCGUUUCCUACAAAAACUUCGGGGAUACGCCGACGCGUUCCCCGAACAACUCAACAGCGAAGCCGUCGAAUUUUUACAAGAUCUGGUGAUUGCGCUCAGGACCCAGGAUAAUAGCUUCGUCCACUCGUUUCUUGCCGAAGGUGGUGUUGCCCUGCUCAGUCAACUCCUGAGGCUUUCCUGGUGCGAAGACCGAUCUGACUUCACCUUUUUCUUUCUGUCGGCCUUCCGGGCGCUGCUCAACUCUUCGUCGGGUCGUCAAGCCGUUCUCGACUGUCCGGAAUCACUUCGGAAUAUCGCGGCUUCAAUCGAGUGUUCAGAUCCGAAGGCUAAGGUUGUCUCCGCUGAAGUGCUGUCCGGACUUUGUUUCGUACCGGAAAUUGGACAUCGAAAAGUGCUAACUGCGAUCACGGACGCUUCGCAGCUGAUGGGCGAGCGUAUCCGGUUCCAGAAGCUGCUCGAGGCGCUGCAUCGAACAUUUUCGUGCGAUCGGCAGACAGAUCGUGUACGGACGGCGGCGAUUGGCUUGAUAAAUGCGUUGUUGAGUACCGGACCUUCGGAGAAUUCCGUCGAAUACCGCACGCAUCUACGGUACGAGCUGUUGCUGCAGGGCGUGCAGGAGGUAAUAGACUCAUGCCGCGGCGACGCCUCCCAACGCCUCGACGAUCACUUCGAUUUGUUUGAGAUGAUGCGAAAAGAGGAUGAGCUGAGCAUCAGCGGGGUGUCGGACGACUCGGGAGCAUCAUCUCCGGUCGAUUUUGAUAACGUCGUCGGGAUGGCUGAGGCUCUGCAGAACAAGCUCAGCUCUACGGUGGCUCUACCACAUUUUGCCAGCUUGCUGCAGCAUUUGUUUAUGGUACCAUGCGAUGAAAAACACAUUCCCCUUUGGCGUCUCUUCGACCUCCUCCUCCAACACCUAACCCUCCAAACAACCGUCAACGGCAUCACCGAUGUUCAUCAACCCCUCACCGGCACCGUCGACAUGAAUGACAUCAUCUCCAGGCUUCACACCCAAUGCGAGUACGAGACGCUGGAGAGGGAGCAUGAGCGGCUGAGAGAAGAAUUAGAAGCGGAGAGGAUGAGGGUCGUUGAUCUUGAGAAUCGGCUUUCUGAUAUGCACGAUGGGAGAUCGACUUUAUCAAGAACCUCCGACCUCUCGACCUCCCCAUCAGAUCCAGGCCCAUCUCGACCAUCCUCAGCCUGCCUAGACACCCUACCACCAGUUAUCCCUCCAAUCGCAGCUCCUCCUCCCCCACCCCCUCCUCCUCCUCUCUUUGGCAAGCUGCCAAUGCCCACCGAAGACGCCAAAAAGAAUGUCCCGCCCCGGAAGUCCGAUACCAGGACUGUCAAUUGGAACAAGAUCUCCAAGGAUAAGCUGAAGGGCACUGUAUGGGAAUUUGCUGAUGACGAGAAAUUGUACAAGCACAUUGAUCUUGAAGAACUGUCGACCCUUUUUGCUGCGUCGACAUCACAUAAAGACGACGAUAACGAAAGCGUGAUGGGUUACAGUAUUUCGAGGAAACAUCGAGAAGAGAUAUCGGUAAUUGACUCACGCAAGGCCCAAAAUUGCACGAUCAUGCUGUCGAAGCUGAAGAUGACCAACCGGGAGUUGCGCAACGUUUUGUUGAGCAUGGAUGAUAAGGGAAGAAUUCCGAAAGAUAUGAUCGAGCAGAUGCUAAAAUUCCUUCCUACUCGGGAGGAAGGGCAGCAACUUGCGGAGACUGUAGCUCGCUUCAAGACACCAACAUGCUUAGCUCUGGCUGAUCGAUAUUUGUAUGAAGUGUCCCAAAUCCCCCGAUUCGAACAACGCCUUAAAUGCCUCCACAUCAUCAGAUCUUUCAAAGAACGCAUCGAACUCCUUUCCCCAGCCCUUCAAGCCAUCUGCCUAACAUCCCAAGCUCUAUGCAGCAACAAGCGACUUCGUCAAUAUCUCGCUCUAGUUCUCGCCAUUGGAAACUACCUGAAUCAGGGGAAACGGAACGGAAAUGCUCAUGGCUUCACAAUGCACUCCUUGAACUCGUUGAACCAAGUCCGUAACGCUACCAGAGGCGAUCGAAAUCUACAGCAUUAUAUUGCUCAACUAAUCGAGCGUAAAUUCCCAGACCUGGUGAAACUCAAACGCGAGCUCAACUGCGUGUAUGAAGCUUCGAGGUUUAACAAAGAAGAAGUGGCAGCCGAGAUCCGAUCCCUCGAACAAUCCAUCGGAUUCAUUCGCUCUGAAUUGGCCCGUGCGAAGAAUUGUACGUUGGCUGAAGGGGAGGAAGAUAAAGAGAAUUUGACAAAGCCGGAGGAAGACAGGUUCGACGAAGCCGCAAAAUCAUUCAUUACCUCGGCUACCAAUGAGUUCCGGAACUUAGAGGCUCUGUUUGCCGAGAUGAAGGGAAAGCUUGCCUCGUGCGCGAAAUUGUUCUGCUUUGAUGAGAAGGCUUCUCCGGAUGAGAUAUUUUCGGUAUUCGCCAAGUGGCUUACAUCAUUUACCGAAGCCCAUCACGCAAUCUGGAGAGAGCAAGAAGAAGAAGAGACGCGAAAACGGCAAACUCUGGCUCGGUCUUACUUCGCAAAGAAGAGCCGCAAGAAGGAGAAGGAGCGCGACUUUGAGCAACUGAUCUUCGCGCUCCAGAAUGGGGAGCUUUUCUCGGAGGAGUUGGCUCGAUUGAGGACUUCUUUCAGGCUCCCGCCCGGCAAAAAACGCGAGAAAACUGCGGCUCGU